GCCAACCUCAUAUCACCACGUUUGAGACACUUGAAAAUAGGACAUUAACAACACAGUACCUUUUUUGCUCUCUUCCCUCCCUAAGCAAAUAAAACUGAAGGAAUAGUUUACUCUCGUAUUGCUCCAAAUCCAUAUGACUUCCUUCAAUGGAACACAUUAGGUGAAAUUUUGCAUAUGUUUAUGCUGCUCUUUUCCAGAGCAACAUUCUGCCACUAUGAUAAUAUUAUAAAACAAAAGUACAUUUGAAAGGUAAUACAGAUGAUUCUGUUCUCAUACGGAAUUCCUUCACAUUGGUUCUUAUAUAAGGUAACAUUGUUGCUGUUGAUAUUAACAAUGAAAAGUGGAAAACGGGAAAGUGACAUCAGUUUAACACAGUCCCUUUUUUCACUCCCCCUCCUUCUGCUGAUUUGUAGUACCAGUUAGGACACUGUAUGCACCCUAGGUUGUAAAAGUGUGCGUGUGUGUUUAGGUUUGCUUGGAGGGAUGUACAUCCCCUCCUGCUUCUCCGCUUUCUCUGCAUUGAAAGUAGCAGGUGGAAUCCCAGAGAAAUUGUUUCUGGAACAAUCCUGAGGCACUGAGCAUUCUGCACCUUUGGAAUCAUGGGUGUGACCCAUGGAAAGAAAGCAGAUCAUAAUCAUCAAAGUCAUAAUUCCGCUUGUGCUCAACCACUUACUGGACCUGGUGAAUCAGAUUUAGUCUCUGAUCUUGGAUCAGUGAUAGACCCUGAGCAGAGAUGGGGCAGAGAAGAGGAUUUAGACCAGAGCAAGCUGCUUCCUGAGCAAACGGACAGUGGUUACUAUGAAGAGCUCAUCAGGCCCAAAAAGCUCCACAAUCCCGUCAAAGCAUCCAAGAGCCACCGGGAACUCCAGAGAGAGCUGAUUAUUACACACAAAAGAGGAGCAGUGGUGGAGGAGAAGCCAGAGUUGCAGAGAGUUCUGCAACAGAGAAACAGAGCUCAAGCUCUGAAACAAGACAUAAAACAGGACAAGGAGAAAUCACCACUGGAGCAGGAGUUACUGAAGAGACAGAUGAGGCAGAGAGAGAAUCCUGCUGAGCAUGUGCAGAAUAAGUGUCAUCACUCUAGCUGUUUUCUGAUUGGAGUAAUUGAGAGUUACAAUUGCCCCCGGUCUCCCUUGCACACUAGUUUGAGAGAGAGACCGAAGAGCAGAGAGAAAGGUCAAAGUGCGCACCCGAGUUCAUCAGGGUGAAAGAGAGCCUGAAGAGGACAGCGAUAACAAGUGCUGUGAAGAAAGAGGUGUAAUCACGUAUCACCUUACAACACUGAUCUACAGGAGUGUUGAUACUCCUCCAGCUGCUGAUUUGAACAGUUCUUUAGUUUUUUUAGAAAGCUUGGGGUUUGGAUUUUGAAUGAAAUCACAGAUUGUGAAAAACCAAUGUUGAGGACAGGAAUGUUAAAAAUGUGGGCUAAUGUUAUGUCACAUGUUAAGCACUUGUAAUGGUCUAAUAAGAUUUCACCUUAAUUGCACCAGUGAGAGAAGCACACAAGAACAGAAUAACUCCAAUGUACUGGAACUGAAUCUAGUGUUUGAGUAUAGAAAUGAUUGAUCUCCCAUAUUUGUAGAUUAUAUACUUUUAUGAUCAGACGGCAAUCUUUUCCACUUUUAUCUUAUGUUAUAUGUAAAUCAUUUGGUAUGUUCAAAUAUGCAAACUAGUUUCGGAUAUAGUGCGCUAGUGCAUUUAACAAAAUGUGCAGUACAAAAAGAACAUCGGGAACACUGUAUCCGAUAAUGCAGUUUCAGAUUUGAUUUUCCAUUUAGUUUGACAAAUGAACUGGCACUGUAAAUUACAAAUUGUAGCAUCUCUACAAUCUCUACAUUUCUUGACUUAUUUGAGUCGACAGGCAAUCUUAAUUAUUUAAAAUAACAUAUAUAAUGCAUAGUUUCCCUACAUAAUUUUUUUUAACAACAUACAUUAUCACACAAUAUAAUAAAAUGAUCCUUUACAGAUAUGAUAUUGUUGAUUUAUACUGUCUGUGUAAGUGGCUUUUUACUUAAAGGAAUAGUUUGUUUCUUAAACAGAUUUGGUGAAAUUUAGCAUU